UUAUCUUUAAAUAAUAACGGUUUAUAUUGAAACAGUUAAAAUGUCUUGCGAAAAUCGUGGUUUAUUUAAUUAUGGAUUUUACCAGAUCACUUUUCUUCUAGCAAUAUGUAUGUCACCAUGUGUUCUGAUAAGAUAUUAUGUUAUUUUUCUGGCAGUGUUUGGCAUAUUUAAAACGGUGACAUUUUUACUGGACCGGUAUGCUUUAGGAUAUGUUGAUCCUCAAAAUCGCGGUGUAUUUAUAACAGGCUGCGAUACAGGACUCGGAAACCGUUUUGCAAGAUAUUUAGACGGAAAAGGAUUUACCGUUUUUGCUGGAUGUUUAAACAAGAACAGCGCAGGUGCUCAGAGUCUGAUUUCAGAUUGUUCGCCUAGAAUACAUGUCGUUGAAGUAAACGCCACAAGGCAAGAAAGUGUAUCUGCCGCCUUCAUCUUCGUCAAGGAUCAUUUACCAAGCAAAGGACUUUGGGGUGUGAUAAAUAAUGCCGGAAUGGAUAUGCUUGGAGACGUUGAACUGUCGCCUGUAUCACUGUACGAAAAGGGAUUUGAGCUGAAUUUGUACGGAUAUAUACGAGUGAUGAAAACCUUUCUUCCUCUGAUUAGACAAUCUAAAGGACGAGUAGUCAAUAUAGGCAGUGUAAGAGGCAGAAUUGUUGAACCGAAUCAGUCUAAUUACAGUACUGCUAAACAUGGAAUAGAGACGAUCUCUGAUUCUCUUAGGCUCGAAAUGAUCAAAUUUGGAGUCAAAGUGUGUAUCAUUGAACCUGGAAAUUUUGGCAACGCGACGGCAAUUGGAUCAGAAGCGGUGAUUAAAAAAAACCACCAAGAGAUUGAUAACAUGUGGGAGUCAGCCAGAGAUGAAGUUAAACAAUCGUAUUCUAAGAGAUAUCUUGAAUCGUGGAUCAACCCACCUGUAGGUGGCUGGCCACCAAAAGCGGACUCAACAGUUGUGGCAAAAGCCGUCGAGCAUUCGCUGUGCAGUGCAAGCCCCAAACAUCGAUACCUCAUUCAAGGAAAAGGGUCGCUUGUGCCUAUUGCUGAUGAAUUUGUGGUAUUAUCACAUGUUCAUAACAUUCUGCCGACUUGGAUUGUUGACAAGUAUAAAUCUCUUUGGAAAAAGCGGUUUGUGUAUGCGGCACCAUGAAGUCUAGUUACGCGUGCGUUCGGACUUUUCGAGACCCUUGUCCGACGCGAAAGGAAUGUGUUCUGAUUAAACAAAUUUAAUUCUCAGAUACUCUGUUAUACACCAUCAGAAAAGAAUAAGAAGAAACAAUAAAAUAAUCUUGCAUGA